CUCUCUCUGUAUUGGAACAGAAGCUUGUUGACACAUCAAUUCCCACUUCAACAGGAUUCCAUCAUCACCAUGGCGAAGUUGACCAUUCCUUUUCUUCUAUGUGCUGCCUUCGUCUUGAGUGGUGCAAUAGAGCCCACCCUGGAGUCUGCUGAAGUGCAGCAGCAGGACCUUCCUCUGGGACAAAUGGAUGAGGAUGGAAACCCACCGUCUCUCCUCGAUACAGAGGAGGAGCUGAAGAGUGACGAGUUGGAAGAGCACGGGGAGGAAGAGGAAAUGGCCGAGGCGCAAAGAUGUCGUAAAAAGCGACCCUCAGGAUGGGCCAGAUACGGGACACGCAAUUACCUGUAUGUGUCCCUACAAAAACAAUGGGUUGAUGCAGAGCGGUACUGUUUGCAGUUAAAAGGGAAUCUUGCCUCCGUGCACAGCUUCGGGGAACAAAUAUUCCUCCAGAGAUUGGUCAAAAGCAGGACUGGUAGCUACCCGUGGACUUGGAUUGGGGGGACAGAUGCUGUUAGGAACCGAGUGUGGUUGUGGAGCGAUGGAUCCAUGUUUAACUUCCAAUACUGGGCCAUUAGGGAGCCCAACAAUCACGGUCGACGGGAGCCAUGUAUCCAUAUCAACUAUACAGGUGCAAAGAAAUGGAAUGAUCUAUAUUGCGAGAGAAGCCUUGGCUUUAUCUGCGCCAAAUGAAGGUAGACCAGCUUGCAAAGCUGCAGCACUAUGGAGCUUGAAUAUAUUUUUCUUUAAUCAUCCUCAAUUAUUAAUCAAUUCUAAAUCAUGUUUGUUAUAACCAUAGAAUGGAUACUUGUGUAAUUCAUUGUAAUUUGAAUAUACUUGUACUUUUUUCUGUGGACCUUUUCUUAAAAUGUUGAUUGAUUAGAAGAUUGAUUGGUUGGUGAUUCUUUUAUUUUGCAUUGUUUAAAAUUGUUUCUCAUUCAAUAAAGUGUUGAAACCAA